AUGUCGACGAAAAAAAUUAAACAUGCCGCAAAAUCUUUAAAAACUUCUCAAGGUAUUCCUUUUGAUCAAUAUUUAGAUAAUGGUGAAAUAGCUGAAGAAUUAAAUAAAUGGUUAAUAGAAGUAUCAUGGGAAGUAGCAAAUAAAGUUGGAGGAAUUUAUACUGUUAUACGUUCCAAAGUACCUAUAACAAAAAAAGAAUAUGGAAAUAAUUAUAUUUGUUUGGGUCCAUAUAAUGAUUCAUAUGUUAAAACUGAAGUCGAAGUUAGUGAAUCAAAAAAUGAUGCUAUUAGAGAAACUGUUAAUGAAAUGAAACAGCAUGGUAUUCAUGUUGUAACUGGAAAUUGGUUGAUUGAAGGCUUUCCACAAGUUGUUCUUUUUGAUAUUGGCUCAGCAGCGCAUCGAUUAGAUGGAUGGAAAGGAGAUUUUUUUGAACAUUCACGAAUUGGUAUACCAUAUUAUGACAGAGAAUCAAAUGAUGCAUUAUUAUUUGGCUUUUGUGUUUUUUGGUUUCUUGGUAUUUUUAUUGAUAAAGUAAAACAAAGACAAAAAAGUUAUGUUAUCGCUCAUUUUCAUGAAUGGUUAACUGGUAUUGGUCUUAUAAUGACACGUCUUCGUGGUUAUGAUUGUGCUUUAAUAUUUACAACACAUGCAACACUGCUUGGAAGAUAUUUAUGUGCUGGUUCAACAGAUUUUUACAAUCAUUUACCAUAUUUUAAUCUUGAUAAAGAAGCUGGCGAUCGUCAAAUCUAUCAUCGUUAUUGUAUCGAACGUGCUGGUGCAUGGUGUGCACAUACAUUUACAACAGUUUCAAAAAUAACUGGUAUUGAAUCACAAUAUCUUUUGGGAAAAACUCCAGAUAUGUUAACACCUAAUGGACUUAAUGUUCAAAGUUUUGCUGCAUUACAUGAAUUUCAAAAUUUACAUGCACAAAAUAAAGAAAAACUGAAUGCAUUUGUACGUGGACAUUUUUAUGGACAUUAUGAUUUUGAUUUGGAUAAAACAUUAUAUUUUUUCAUUGCUGGUCGCUAUGAAUUUUCUAAUAAAGGUGCUGAUAUGUUUAUUGAAUCAUUAGCUAGAUUGAAUCAUAUGCUCAAAGCAUCUGGUUCUGAUAUAACUAUUGUAGCAUUUCUUAUUUUUCCAACAUCAACAAAUAAUUUUAAUAUUGAAUCAUUACGUGGUCAAUCUGUUGCAAAAAUGCUUCGAGAUACAGUACAGAAUAUACAAAGUGAUAUUGGAAAACGACUUUAUGAAAUUUGUUUAAAGGGUCAUCUUCCAUCUGCUGAACAUAUUUUAGAACCAACCAAUAUAAUUGAAUUGAAAAAAUGCAUAUAUGCUUCACAACGUUCAACAUUACCACCAAUCUGUACACAUAAUGUAAAUGAUGAUAAUCGUGAUCCAAUAUUAAAUGCCUUACGUCGUUGUCAUUUAUUUAAUGAUCGUUAUGAUCGUGUUAAAGUUAUAUUUCAUCCUGAAUUUUUACGUUCAACAAGUCCAUUAUUACCACUUGAUUAUGAAGAAUUUGUACGUGGUUGUCAUUUGGGUGUAUUUCCAUCUUAUUAUGAACCAUGGGGUUAUACACCAGCUGAAUGUACUGUUAUGGGUGUACCAAAUAUUUCAACAAAUUUAAGUGGUUUUGGAUGUUUUCUUGAAGAACAUGUUCAAGAACCUCAAACAUAUGGUAUUUAUGUUGUCGAUAGAAGAUAUAAAAGUGCUGAAGAAUCAGUUCAACAACUUGCACAAUAUAUGUAUGAUUUCUCACAUUUAACAAGACGACAACGUAUUAUGUUACGUAAUCGUACUGAACGAUUGAGUGAAUUACUUGAUUGGCAUACAUUAGGAAUUUAUUACCAUCGUGCUCGUAAAAUGGCAUUAGAAAAAAUUCAUCCUGAAUAUGAAGAAGAAUUACUUAAUAUUACAAAUGGGUCAGUAUCAGGUGCAUCAACACCAGUUGUAUCUCGUUCAUCAACACCUGCACCACCUGAUAAUGAUGAUAGUGAUGAUGACGAUGAUCAUCAAACACCACAAACUUUCUCCGAACAAGAUAAAUUGCCGACAUCUUCAACAAAUACUGAACAAUUUAAUAAACCAUCAUUUCCACGUCCAGCAUCAGCGACUCAUCUUCCUUUGGAUAAACAAUUUCGACAAGCUGCUGUUGCCGCUGCUAAUGCUGCUGAUGCUGCUGCAGCUGAAGAACCACAUUUACUUUCUGCUAAUCAAGAUGAAAUAAAUCAAACAAUACCAACAGCAGAUAAUCAAACAAAUGUUACACCAACAAUCCAAACAAAAAAAAUUAGUGAUAAAGUUGAUUUUGGUUUACCUGAUUAUGGUGCAUUUAGUGAUCCACAUGAUGGACAACGACAAGAAUUAUAUAUGAUGGAUAGAAAAGCAUCGAUAUCAACACAACAAGAUUUUUCAACACCUGAUGUAUUACAUCAAUCGGGUAGUUCAGGAAAUAUAUCUUCAUUUGAACCAACAAGUGGACAAACGACAACAUUUCUUUCGAAAACUGGUGAUCAUCAACCCAAUAAAUUACCUGAAAACGAACAGUGUUAA